AAAAUCAGCUGUUUGGGACCGCGCGAAAAACAUGACAUCCUCCACCUGCGCGCGCUCAGACCUCAAACAGACGCAGCGUCUCGCCGUGUUGCGACAUUUCUGCUUCGCACUGAGUGGGUGUCAACGCUCCCAGAGUUCUCUCACACCUUCUUCUGCUCUUCUUCACUGAGGAAGUUCACUUCUGUCAGAGAGCGACGCAGCAGGACGCAAAGAUGAGCAGCAGAGAAGCUAACGGUGGUGUCACAUCCAAAAAGGCCAAAGUGAGUGGCGAAACAGCGCACCUCCACCUGGAUGGCAUCCCCCCGCACACGCUCAGUAAGGUUCAGGUGUACCUGGAUCCGUUCUGUCUGUCUGAGGAGAAGCUGCAUCAGGUUUCUGCUCAGCUGAAGAGAGACAUGAUCAAAGGUUUGGGGAAACACACACACCACAAAGCACCCGUGAAGAUGCUGCCGACCUUCGUCAGAGCCACACCAGACGGCACAGAGAACGGUGACUACCUGGCCUUGGAUCUGGGUGGAACAAACUUCCGGGUGCUUCAUGUGCGGGUGGAGGAGGAGGAGCAGAGAGUGUUGAAGAUGGACAGUCAGAUCUGUGCCAUCCCCAAAGAAAUGAUGCUGGGGACGGGAGAGCAGCUGUUCGACCACAUCGCCGCGUGUCUCAGUGAGUUCCUGGACUCUCAGAAGUUAAAAGGAAAAACUCUUCCUCUGGGAUUCACCUUCUCCUUUCCUUGUGAACAAAAAGAAAUCGACAAGAGCAUCCUGAUCCGCUGGACUAAAGGCUUCAACUGCUCUGGUGUGGAGGGUGAAGACGUGGUGAAGCUGCUGAAGGAGGCGAUCCACAGGAGAGGGGACUUUGAUAUCGGCUCCGUUGCCAUGGUGAAUGACACGGUGGGCACCAUGAUGAGCUGUGGCUACAGAGACCAGAGCUGUGAGAUCGGCAUGAUCAUUGGUACGGGGACUAACGCGUGCUACAUGGAGGAGAUAAAGAACAUAAAGCGGGUGCAGGGCGAGGACGGCCGGAUGUGCAUCAACACCGAGUGGGGCGGCUUUGGAGACGACGGCUCCCUCAGAGAAAUCCAGACCGAGUUUGACGUGGAGGUGGACAAGACGUCCAUCAACCCUGGAGUCCACACGUUUGAGAAGAUGAUCAGUGGAAUGUACCUCGGAGAGAUCGUCCGGCUGCUGCUGCUGAAGCUGACAGAGGACAACCUUCUGUUCCAAGGACGGAAGUCAGACGCACUGAAGACGCCGGAAAGAUUCGAGACCAGGUUCAUCUCAGAGAUUGAAGAGCCGGACACCGGUUUGGAGAACGCCCAGAGGAUUCUCACCGAGUUGGGUCUGGACUGGGAUGAAGUCGACUCCCGUGUGGUGCGUUUGGUCUGUGACACCGUCUCCUCUCGCUCCGCCCGUCUUUGCGCCGCUGCCCUCGCCACCAUCGUCACCCGCAUACGAGAGAACCGCGGGCUGGACCAUCUGAAGACCACCGUGGGGGUGGACGGGACAGUGUACAAGAAACACCCAAACUUCAGUGAUGAGCUCCAGGAGACCGUGCACCUCCUCGCCCCCCAGUGUGACAUCACCUUCCUCGUCUCUGAGGACGGCAGCGGGAAGGGCGCUGCCAUGGUAACGGCUGUGGCGCAGCGGCUGGCUCAACAGUCCCGGCUGUUGGAGGACAGUGACGGCGAGGGCGACGACGAAGAAGAGGAGGAUUUAUAAAAGCAGAGAAGAUGCAGACGAUAAAACAGCACUGGAGUCUGAGAAGUGCCUGAUUUUAACAGCUGAAAUUUUUGAAUAUAAUCUAAUCAUUUUAUAAAUGUGACACACGUGUCUCCGGUCUUUUCAGGGGCUGGUACGGCACGUUUCUCACUUUUCACUUAUUCUUUAUUAUUUAUAUUCUUUCUGCAGAGAUGCUGUCAUUCUGAGGAGAAAUGUAAGAGGAGCAGCCUCAAUAAACAAUAUCCACCAUGAGCAGGUUUAAAGCAGUUUCUAUAUAAAUGGAGGAAUGCCAGGGUUUUUAUGCUAACGGCUACAUCAGUCACAGCUGUAGGUUGUUAAAGUUUAAUCAUCAGAGAUCAACGAUUUAUACAGCUACAGUAAUCAGCUACAGUUUAAGGCUGCAGCGUCCACAGAGGGAGGAUCAGACCUGGUCUACCACUAAGAUUGUUCCAAUGGCCCAAGAAGCCCCCUUUGUUUACCAUCCAUCCAUCCAUCCAUGCAUGCAUGCAUCCAUCCACCCAUCCAUCCAUCCAUCCAUCCAUCCAUGCAUCCAUCCAUCCAUCCAUGCAUCCAUCCAUCCAUCCACCCAU